AUGAAAACAGAAGGAACCACCGGCUCCCAGGCCGCCGAGCGCCUCGGAGACGUCCCUGCGGCCGAGGCCUUCGUUGCGGGGGCCGAAGUGGCCGUCGUCGGCUUCUUCCAGGAUCCGGAGGAACCGGCCGCCUCGGAGUUCCUCGGCGUGGCCCGAAGCAUCGGAGACGUGUCCUUCGCCUUGAGCUCCAGCCAAGAGGUCCUGGCCCAUUACAACAUCACAGAAAACACCGUCUCCCUCUUCCGCCAGGUGGACGACAAGCGGUUGGAUAUGAAGAUCCCGGACGAGAAGAAAAUUGACGCCACCAGAAUGAGCCGGUUCAUCGAGAUGAACAAACUUCACCUGGUGACCGAGUACGGCCCCAUGACGGCCGUCGGCCUGUUCAACAGCGCCGUUCGCACCCACCUCCUCCUGAUCUCGGACAAGGCCUCGGAGGGCCACGCCGACAGAGUCUCCGUCUUCCGAGAGGUCGCCAAGCUCUUCCGGGGAAAGGCCCUGUUCGUGGUGGCGGACGGCGGGGCGCAGGCCAACAAGCGCCUGGUGGCCUUCUUCAAGCUGCAGCGGUCGCAGCUGCCCGCGCUGGCCGCCUACCACACGGAGGACGAGGCCCAGGACGCGCUGCCCCUCGCCCGGAUCUCGGCCUCCGUCGUCCGAGACUUCUGCGCCGCCUUCCUGAGGGACAGGAGAGGGGGAGACGACGGUGGAAAGGACGGCAGCGGCGACGGUGGGCACGUGGCAGCGGAUCCCCCAUUGUCCAAGGUGGAGCUGUGA